AUGUCUCCUGGACUUUGUCAUAAACGGGACAGAAGGAGAAAAGUUCCCUCCGCCCUGCGCUCUCCUUCCCGCUUUGCCGUGCGGGCAGCUGCCCGCCACGGCCUCCGAAUUCUAUUCACUGUGACUCUGGUCUGGCAGGCUCUUCAUUUAGGAAAAGGCCGUGAAAAAGAAGAACGUGAAGAAGAUGUGAGAAGUCUCAAUGCCACAGCACAAAAGCAACAGCCCAAGAACGAAGGGACUAUUAUAAAUGCUCUCAGUGACAUGAAUCAGAGCUACGAAAGCAGAAAGCAACAGAAUUCCAGGUCAUUGGUGCCUUUCACUGGGAUUACAGAGAGUAAAAAACUGAACAGACACUGCUGCCAAAACGGAGGGACCUGUAUCCUGGGGGCCUUCUGUGCCUGCUUAAAGCAUUUCACUGGCAGAUACUGUGAACACGAUGAGCGCAACUGCGGCAGCAUCGCCCAUGGCGCCUGGGUGCUGAAGGGCUGUUGGCUGUGUCGAUGUGGCUAUGGCACUCUGAACUGCCUCUCCGAAAUAAUGCACGAUAACUGUGAACUGAAAUCAGAAAAGGAGGAGAUUACGAGGCUAUAUUCUAAUGGGCUAAGAUUACAGCAAACGGUGUUUCCACUGAUUUGCCUGCUCACAGUCCUCCUGGAGCUCUGCUGCUGGCAGUUGUGA